GACAUUUCCAGAGGAUUUCGUAGUUGAUUUUUUCAGGUAAUAACAAAUGGACUAUUUUAGAGAAGUUGGAGAACUCCGGGGUAACCAGGGUAUAGAAGAGGAAGAGCGUGUGAUGUCCGCAGAGCCGAUUGCAAUGAUUGUUCCGCCGGAAUUGCAAGACUUGCUGGAAACCCUUACAUCUGAGAGUAGUGCCAGUUCAAGCGCACAAGAGGGUGACAACCACCACACUUCAUCAUCUAGUAGCUCGUCUUUUGAAGAGACACCCAGCUGCGAGGAAGAGACGAGGAAUGUGGUUGGCAAUGAACCAGAUCUGCCCAUGGUUGGAGAAUGGGAAAAUAAGGCAAUCACGGGUAGAUUGAGCAACCUACGGAAGGCGCCCAAAGAUUUGCCUUCUAGGUUUAGGUUCAGGGCGGCACUUCAUCAUGAAGUGGCUGACAGCACACCCUCCAUAAGUGGAUACAAGAAACUAGAGGAGAUGACAGGCUGGAUACUAGUGUACGUGGAUCACUUUGACGCUGGCUUACGAUUUCCCCUACCCGGGCUGAUAUUUGAUCUACUGGCGGAUUACGAGCUGGCUCUGACGCAACUGACGCCCAACAGCAUAAGGUUCAUCAUAGGCUUUAUGCUGUUGUGUGCGAGGUUGGAGGUACCGGCCAAGGCGAUAGUGUUCAAGUCGCUGUUCAAGGGUCGGCUGUGCCCAAACUCCAGAGGUGCGAAGUGGUACUACCUCUCUGGGAGGGAGAAGAGCCAGCUCUUUAAAAACGUGAGGAAUAAGGUGGCGAGGUGGAAGAGGCAGUUCGUUUUUUUGCUACCUCGGGACACGGAUAUAAAGAAUCAGCUGCUACAGUAUGCGAGGAGGAAGAAUUUGAUAGACUUAGAAGCCUUGGAGCAGUUCGCAGUGUUCGGGUUUGUUGACGUGGCAAACCAGUUCGCAGAAGGAGAAAUGAGUAGCAUCUUGGAGAGGCAGCGCCAACAAGCCCAGGGCUCCCAAGGUCGCGCGGCGAGCAACGCUUCACAAAGGCCUCGCGACGAGCAGAGGGUUGAAGCUGUGGCCCCUAGUACACGCAGGUGUGCACGUGAGGAGAUUGACAACAAAGAUGAAGUCCCCCUUGUGUGGCGCAGAACAAGUCUGGGGGCUCAGCCCACGCAGGUUGCUCAAACUACAACCGCGCACUCAUCAAACGCGCCAUCUGCACGACACGAGCAGCAGCUAAGCCCAUACCUGCGUCGACCUCACUGUCAGCGCCCAGGAUUGCAUCGCCAACGGGCUAGGACUUAUGUACAACAGCAUGGAGGGCAGGUCGCCAUGAUCAAAUUGAUGGACGCGUUCAGCUACGCGGUCGUGUUGUUUGAGAACGAUCAAGGAGCUUGCACUCAGAACAACGAGCUUAGUGCCAACUGCAAACAGUUGGCCGCAGAAAAGGCUAGCCUGGUGGAUGACGUCAAUCGUUUGCAAGGCUCGGAGAUGGCCAACCGAGCUGCUUCAGCGGAGAGUAGAGCAGAAGAGCUUGCGAGCAGGAACAAUGAGCUCAGGGAGAAGCUAGAGAGGGCCCGUGCUGAAAAAGAAAGCGAGAUCCAGGUAGCUAGGGACAAGGCCACCCGCGUUGAGGAACGGGCUAAGAAGGCCGAGGCUGAGAGGGACCAUGCUUUGAACGAGCUGGGCUCCUUAAGAAACCAGGUCACCGAGGCCACCAAGAACCUCAACGGCGCUGAAGAGGCCCUGAACGAAUUGAAGACAUCUCACGGGCACUCUGUAAGCAUCGCCCGAGCUCAUGGGGCAGAAUGGCUGGUGGGGUCGAUUGCGUUCCAAGACGCAGUGGUAGUGGCGUUUGCAAACAUGACCACGGAGAUCUAUGACGAGAUCCGUGAGAAGGUGCUGCAACAUUGCCCGGACUUCCCAAUACGCGAGUUGGCAUUCUUCGAUGGGGAGGACCUCGACAAGCAGGGUAAGAGCCUUGCUCCACUUGCAGAUGCGACGGUGCGGUUGAGAUGGGAGCUCAACGAGGAGGAGGUACCUGUUUGGCCUCGCUCAGUCCUAGAAGAAAGGGAGGAUUUAGAGGGCCUACCCUCAUUUGAUGCAUGGCUACUGCACCAGCCCGCUAGCCCGCUGCCCAGCCAUCUCCAGCUCGAGCCGAAGAUGCUCUUACUGACGCGUCCACGCCCUCAACCUGACGGACAAUUAGUUUAGGAUUUUACAUCUUGAUCUUUUGUAUUUUUUGUUUCCUUUUCUUGAACAAUUGUAUCACAAUCUCCUGCACUAAAACUUGUAAUUUUUCGAAGAGAAAUAGAAAGUUGGAGAUUAUAUCGAAUUGUUCUUCUUUAUUGUAUUGUAUAUAUGGUUUACAUUUCCUUGAACAAAUUCCUCAUUAACAU